ACCCCGGGGGAGUUCGAGAGCAAGUACUUCGAGUUCCACGGCGUGCGGCUGCCGCCCUUCUGCCGCGGGAAGAUGGAGGAGAUCGCCAACUUCCCGGUGCGGCCCAGCGACGUGUGGAUCGUCACCUACCCCAAGUCGGGCACGAGCCUGCUGCAGGAGGUUGUCUACCUGGUGAGCCAAGGGGCUGACCCCGAUGAGAUCGGCCUGAUGAACAUCGACGAGCAGCUCCCGGUCCUGGAGUACCCCCAGCCAGGCCUGGACAUCAUCAAGGAACUGACGUCUCCUCGCCUCAUUAAGAGCCACCUCCCCUACCGCUUCCUGCCCUCCGACCUCCACAAUGGAGACUCCAAGGUCAUCUACAUGGCUCGGAACCCCAAGGACCUGGUGGUGUCCUACUACCAGUUCCACCGCUCGCUGCGGACCAUGAGCUACCGGGGCACUUUCCAGGAGUUCUGCCGGAGGUUCAUGAACGACAAGCUGGGCUACGGCUCCUGGUUUGAGCACGUGCAGGAGUUCUGGGAGCACCGCAUGGACGCCAAUGUGCUCUUCCUCAAGUACGAAGACAUGCACCGGGACCUGGUGACCAUGGUGGAGCAGCUGGCCAGAUUCCUGGGUGUGUCCUGUGACAAGGCCCAGCUGGAGUCCCUGAGCGAGCACUGCCACCAGCUGGUGGACCAGUGCUGCAAUGCGGAGGCCCUGCCUGUGGGCCGGGGGCGGGUCGGGCUGUGGAAGGACAUCUUCACCGUCUCCAUGAACGAGAAGUUCGAUCUUGUGUAUAAACAGAAGAUGGGGAAGUGCAACCUCACCUUUGACUUUUAUUUAUAGUAAGAGAAACAGCAAACUUGCAUGCCCUCAGUACCCAGACGCUCUGCUAGCUAAAAGUCCGUAUGCAUUCAUUUAUUCCUUGCUGGACACACUCUGGAAGCAGCGUGUAAACAACGGGAAGAACCCAGCGGAGAACCCGGAGAAGGGUGCGGAUGUCCACCAGGCGGCGUCUCGCCCUCAGCAUUUGCAGUCUCUGCUGUGUACAAACCUCAUGGAGUGCAGUCCUGGUGGCUGUGCCACUUUAAGUGUGGCGCCUGCACCACGGGUGGCCAAGUGCCGCCUAUACCACCCUGUGCCACUUACUGUGUUUUAUAGAGCUUUUCACUGGAAGUCUGAAUAAAUGUCGGUAAACCAAAUAGAAGUUCACUUUUGGGGGGAAGCAAGAGUGAGCCACUCCCAAACGGCAGGAAGAUCUCAGGGUUGCCUCUAGUCUGGGCACCUAAGCCACAGCCAUUCCAUUCCGCUCUUGCCUGGCCUGCAAUGGUGAGAGCGUGGGGUGGGGGGAACCUGCCUGGUUUGGGUGGAGUGGGUCCUUUGACCCUUCCUGACACCGGGCAGAUCCUGUUCUCAGGCCAGAGCAGAGGAUUCCAUGGAGGUUUCUGUGGGGAAACGUGGCUGCGAGGUCAGCAGCGCUUGAGAGCAGUGAGUGGAGGGUCUGCCAUAGAGACCUGGAUGCUCUGGAGUCACGUUUGAACUGUAGUCUAACCUUUUGUCCCUGGGGCAAUGGCACACCUGUGCUGGCAGUCAGUUUCCCAAAACCCCUGACUUGCAUUCAGCUUGUUCCAGCUGUACGUGAGGCCCAGGGCCGAGGGUUGUGAGCUGUGAACCAAGGGCCACGAGCUGGCCUGCAAGUUGAGCUCCCUCACCAGAGGGCUUGGCGAGCCGCCCUUGUCUGUCUACCCCACACCUUGGAGUAUCUGGGGGAGCAAAGGUGAUGUGUCAUUGUCCCACCACCUGAAUCUUCUGGCCCACACUCAGCUGGAGGCGAUGGAGACUCGAGGUGGGCUGCUGCCAGCUGCAGGUGGCGUGCAGCCUGCUACUACAGGGGGCUGCGUGGUCUCUGACUCCUGAUGGGGUCGCUGCUGGGGAAGGGGCUCUGCAGCGGAAUCGGUCUGAAGCAGGUACAGAGGGAGGCUGGUGGUUCUGUUCCUGCUGGGGCACCUGGCGCUACGCGGAGGUGGUGGCGCCUUUUUUGUGUGUCCGGGACAGGCUGCGUUCUGUGAAAUUUCAUUUCUAUUUUUCUAUUUUUUGCACUGGGUGGUGUCACCGAGCGCCACCUGGUGUUGCUGUGCUUGCUGCAUCUUGAAUAAAGACACUUGCCCUGCC